AUGGAUAAAUGGUUGAUGAAUAAGCGAACAUUUGAAACCACUGAAGAUGAACCUUCAACUUCGAAUUUAAAUAUAAAACGAAAAAAAGUGACGAGAAAGUAUGAUUCAGAAUACCUGAAAAUUGGUUUUUCUUGGAAUGAAGAUAUUGAUGAUCCACGACCACAGUGUAUUAUUUGUUAUGAAAUGCUUGCAAACGAGAGUAUGCGUCCUAAUAAAUUACGUCGACAUAUUGACACCAAGCAUUUUGAUCUAAAAAAUCAGCCACUCUCUUAUUUUGAAACAAAGCUGAAAGAACUAAAAACGUCCAAAACAAAAAUUAAGCAGUUUACCAAGGUCAAUGAAAAAGCUAUGCACGCUUCGUACCUGAUAAGUUUACGAAUCGCAACAGCUGGUAAACCGCACACAAUCGGAGAGAAUUUAGUGUUGCCAGCGAUAAAAGAUGCAGUUGGAGUAAUGUUUGGUGACAAGAGUUCAAAAGACGUUGAAAUGAUAUGA